AUAUUCGGAUAGUCUUCACUCCAUACCCACGGCCAUGUGCUCCGUCAGAAGAGGACGUCAGGACACUUGCACUAGCGCCAUACACUGUCCAACCGCAGAAACGUCACGUUUACAACAGGGGGCGUUACGAGGGGGGCGUGGCUUUCACACCGCGAGGGCUGACGCGCACGCUCUGCGCUCGUAUAUAAGCGGUUACGCGCAGGCAAAGUCCCAUAAUCUUCUUUAACGCGUCAGGAUAUUAGGAGGCUUAACGGAAAGAAGAACAACAAGAAAAAAAACACACACAUCUAGAAACCCAGAAUGGAGCGAGUCUCUUGGACACUUUUGCUACUUUCCUCCGCGGUGUUUUUGUCCGGAUCCGCGCAGGAGUUCGGCGCCACACAGUUCGUGUGCACGUCGGUGCCAAAGGACGCUGACCUGUGCGCAGCCACGAUGCAGAACAGCGCACCGGCGGAGGACCUGAAGAGCACCGUGCUGCAGCUCCGGGAGACCGUCCUGCAGCAGAAGGAGACCAUCAUGAGCCAGAAGGAGACCAUCCGAGAGCUGACGGGAAAGCUGAGCCGCUGCGAGGGCGCGCAGGAGGACGGAGGAACGGCGCAGAAAGCCGGCGGACGCAGGAAGGAGUCGGGCAAGAACACCAUGGGGGACGUGUCCCGAACUCCCGGGGACACACUGGCGCAGCUCGGGCUCACUUUAGCUACGCUCAAACAGAGGCUGGAGAACCUGGAGUACAGCCGGACGAACGGCUCGGUGCAGGCCAACAGCCUGAAGGAUUUACUGCAGAAUAAAAUCGAUGACAUGGAGAAGCAGGUUCUGUCCCGAGUCAACACGCUGGAGGAGAGUAAAGCAGGAGCGAGUAACGACACGGAGCAGCGCAACCGCGUGGAGUCAACACUGAGCACUCUACACCACCGAGUCACUGACCUGGAGAAAGGACCUAAAGGCAGCAGACCCAUGGAUAAGUUCCAGCUGACGUUCCCGUUACGCACCAACUACAUGUACGCUAAAGUGAAGCGCAGUCUGCCGGAGAUGUACGCUUUCACGCUGUGCCUGUGGAUCAAAUCCAACGCCUCGCCCGGAGUGGGAACGCCAUUCUCCUACGCCGUGCCGGGACAGUCCAACGAGCUCGUGCUCAUCGAGUGGGGCAACAAUCCCAUGGAAAUCCUCAUCAACGACAAGGUCGCAAAGCUGCCCUUCCUGAUAAACGACGGGAAAUGGCAUCACAUUUGCAUCACGUGGACGACACGUGACGGUGUUUGGGAAGCGUUUCAGGAUGGCGUUCUGCGUGGAACUGGAGAGAACCUGGCUCCGUAUCAUCCCAUCAAACCCAACGGAGUUCUGGUCUUGGGCCAGGAACAGGACACGCUGGGUGGCGGAUUUGACGCUACGCAAGCGUUUGUAGGUGAGCUGGCGAAUUUCAACGUGUGGGACAAGAAGCUGUCAUCUAGCGAGAUCUACAACCUGGCAACCUGCAGCAGCAGAGCACAAUCCGGCAACGUUCUGUCCUGGUCGGAGUCUAACAUCGACGUGUUUGGCGGUGCCACCAAGUGGACUUUUGAGCCGUGCCGUCAGCUCAACUGAACUGCCACGGAGAAACGAGAAAAUUAAAAAAAGUCAUGAUAAUGAAAAACAGCACCGAUCCGAGAUGCGAUAUUUCUAAAGCUUCUGUCCUUACUUGUCUUUAUUUUGACGUUGGUUUAAAAAAAAAAGAAAAAAAAAAGAACGGUACACAAUGAACUGAACAUGAGCACAGAUUUCUAUGAAUUCUUACAUAUUUGUGUGCGAAACAGAAAGAAAAAAAAAAUCUUCUCAGUCUUGUCAGUCUUGAAAACUUUUUCCUGUCGUACGUUUUUGAAAACCGCAACACUGGUUUUGGUUUUUUUUUGGACUUGGAUAUUUUUGUUUUUGUAUUCUUCUUCUCAAAUCGCACUCAGCUUUUUUUCUUUUUAAAAGCUUUUUUCUCGCUUUGUCUCGGAAUGGAAGCUGGAAAGAUGUGUCUUGAAGAUUGACAUUGCUGGGGGGAAAAAUUUUAGAAAGGGGAAAAAAUUGCUCAGAAGAUGGAAAGACGGGUUUUAUUGGACGGUAUUUUACCUCGAGCUCGAGUUCUGCUCUUUAAUGGUGUCUCUGGAUUUUGCACUGUGACUACAGAAGGUUGUGGGUUCAAAUCCCUGCACUGGCACUGCUUGGGUUCUCGACUCGUCGGCUCUGCGCUUGGAUCGGAUUUCGGCCUCAGCUGUACAUCGAGGCUUAGUAGUUGAUCAGAAGGUUGCACGUUCGAAUCCCAGAACUGUCAGAAAGCCAUUUGUAUGUUGAAUCGACCUGGUCGUUGAAUGUGUCUGGAUAAAUGUAUAAUGUAAAAUGAAUCAGAUCAUUUAAUGUUUAUGUAGAUGUUAUAGGAUACAUUUUUUUAUUUAUUAUAUUGAGUCUCUUCGGAUGUUUCUCUUGAGGUUGUCGUUCGAUUUUGCCAACACGAACACGCUUACAAGCCUGAGUGCCUUUGGGCUGGAGCACCGAUUCAGCAGCGCACACACUUUUUAUUUAUUCCUUUAUUUAUUUUUUAAAUUCGCUUUAAUUGUCGUGUUACCUUUAUAGAUUGCAGGUUUAAACAUGUUACAGAUUAUGGUGAGUGUGUGUGUGUGUGUGUGUGUGUGAUUAUUUUUUGGCAGGUGUUUGUACACUGUAAUAGGAAUGUUAAUGCAUAGCCACAGCAUGAGCGAACAAAAGCUGCGUCCACAGUUUGCUUAUUUUUUUCUCCCUCUCUCCUAUGGUUUGGGUCGGGUUUUUCUACUGUAUUGUUAUACGCUAAAAGCAUGGCACCACUGAGAGAUCUAAUUUUUGUAAUAAAAUUGUGAUAGAAAAAUG